AUGGUGUGUAAUCUUUUUCAGUUUUUGAAUGCUGUUAAUCUCUUUUGGCGUUUGCAUCAGAUGAAAAAAUACUCUCUUUUUGAAAAUAAUAAUUACCUAAUUUUUUGUAUGUUAGCAGAUUUUCAUGCCUGAUGUUGGGAACAAAUGUCUCUAUGUAUUUGAUUCUUAUGAUCAAUUGAUGCUUGCUCGUUUUCUGUGUUAUCUAGUAUUUUGUUAAACUUUUGAUUUGAUGUUGGGAAGAUGAACAACAAAAAUGUUUAGAUCUCUGAUGCACAUAUUUCACCCUACGUCCACCCUGACGCUCAAGCCAUGGAUUGAGCCUUGGAAUCGUGUACUAUGACAGAAGAUCUUAUAAUCUAGAGACCUAUGAAAAUGUUCCACCUGACAUGAAAUGACCUGAAUAUUGUACCUGGGUCAAGCUCACUAGUCUCCCAUCCAGUGGGUUUCAUUGUACCUGUCUAUUGGGGAUUUUAAAGUUGUCAUUUAUCUUAUUGAUUUAUUGAAGCCUAAAUAUUUUGCCUUUCUGAACAUGACAUUGAUCUUUUUGCAGACUUUUAUUUGGCCAUUUGUGAAAUUCUGAAUGGGCUGCGUUUGUUUUACUUGCUUGGUUCAAUUUCUUGUCAAAUCAUUUGCUAAGGCUUGGUGCUUUAUUUUCUUCUGUUUUAUGCUUCUUCUUUUUUUGUGCGCCAGCUGCUGGAGAGUCAGAUAUCUAGUUCUUUUUCUCAUUAUUCUUAUCUUUUUCUGCAAUCAGGCGACUCUCAAUGAUUCUUUCUUAGCUGACCUUGAUGAGCUAUCUGACAAUGAGGAUCAUAUAACUGUGAGUUUUUGCUUACGUUUAUAUCACCUCUUUUGAUGGUGUUAUCUGUGUAAGCUGAUUUUACUAUCUGUUGGUUGCAAUGCUUGUGGCCUCUUCUUCACAUCUGAAAUUCUCCUCUAGGAUGAUGUGGACAAUGAGUUGGGAGAUAUGGAAGAAGAUAUUGAUGGUGACAUGGCAGAUAUUGACGCUCUUAACUAUGAUGACUUGGAUAGUGUCUCAAAAUUGCAGAUGACUCAACGCUACAUCGAAAUUAUGCAAGUAAGUGUGUUAAAAAUAUGUUCUAUAAAGUAUUGCAUUAUUUUUUGAAACUUCUCAGGUGAUUCGAUUUUCUUUGUUGCUAUUUGUCCAUUUCCGGUUCCAAUUUUUUUAAAAACUUUUUUCAUAUAUAUGCUGCAUCACAUCAAAAUUCACUUUUUUCUUCAAAGGACAGUGGUACUUUUCUUUAUUUAUUUUUUAGUUACAAAUACAUUUUGCAUUCGUAAAUCUCAUGAAAUGAGAUAUAUUUUUCCUUGCAGAAAGUUGAAGACGCUCUCCAAAAAGAGCAGGAUGUCCCAAGCUAUGGAAUGGCGUUAGAAGAUGAUCCUGAAUAUCAGUUAAUUGUUGAUUGCAAUGCUCUUUCCGUUGACAUUGAAAAUGAGAUUAUUAUUAUUCAUAAUUUCAUUCGUGAUAAUUAUCGUUUGAAGUUCCCUGAGCUUGAAUCUCUUGUACAUCACCCAGUUGAUUAUGCUCGGGUUGUGAAGAAAAUUGGGAAUGAAGUGGACCUUACCUUAGUGGAUCUUGAGGGACUUCUUCCAUCAGCUAUUAUUAUGGUCGUCUCUGUGACAGCAUCAACUACAAGUGGUAAACCACUUCCAGAAGAAAACCUCAAGAAGACAAUUGAAGCAUGUGAUCGAGCUCUUACUCUUGAUUUGGACAAAAAGAAAGUCCUUGAUUUCGUUGAGAGUAGAAUGGGUUACAUUGCACCAAAUCUAUCUGCUAUUGUUGGGAGUGCAGUUGCCGCAAAGCUCAUGGGAACUGCUGGUGGUCUUUCAGCAUUGGCCAAAAUGCCAGCAUGUAAUGUUCAGCUACUAGGUGCAAAGAAGAAAAAUCUUGCUGGAUUCUCGACAGCAACCUCCCAAUUUCGCGUAGGUUAUCUUGAACAGACUGAGGUUUUUCAAAGCACCCCUCCAUCUUUGAGAAUUCGUGCAUGUCGGUUACUAGCUGCAAAGUCAACUCUUGCUGCAAGAGUUGAUUCUACCAGAGGGGAUCCCACAGGCAAGACUGGGAGGGAUCUGCGGGAGGAAGUUCGUAAGAAGAUUGAGAAAUGGCAAGAACCACCCCCUGCAAAGCAGCCCAAACCUCUUCCAGUUCCAGAUUCAGAACCUAAAAAGAAGAGAGGUGGUCGUCGUUUGAGAAAAAUGAAAGAAAGGUAUGUCUCAUUUAUUCAUCAAAGAGCGUGGCUUUCUACCUUUCUCUGAUGUUCAUGCUGGUUUUGUAAGGCAUUCUUGCAGAUUUUGUGUUUUACUUCUCUUUGGUUUUUGCUAUUUUUGUUUUCAGGUAUGCAGUGACAGAUAUGAGGAAGUUGGCCAAUAGAAUGCUGUUUGGAAUACCAGAAGAGAGCUCUCUAGGUUAGUUUACACCUCUGCUUCUUUUUGCAGUAAGCAAAUUGUCUAGUAAUUUCUUGUUCAACAUUCUUAGGAUUAGGAAAAAUAGUAACGAUCAGAGUAAGAUGUUGAAUGGUGUUCUUAAAUAUUUAAUUAUCCAGAGUCAUUAUGUACAGAAAAUGUUUAUUAUUUUAUGGUAUAUCUCGGUUUAGGACAAUAUAGUAUUAUAUUUAAUUACUGUUUUACUUGGACCACAUAGCAAGAUCAUCUUGGAAUCAGGUGGGGCUGUGCUCAAUGCAUCAUCUCCUUGAUGUUUUUCUUCACUCCAAUCUCCUUCCGGAAUCCGUCUUAAUGUUUCACCCCUCUUUGGCAACAGAGGUAUAAUUUAAACGCAUAAUUAUUUUCAUAAAAUUGAGUCGGAUCGCUAUCAAAGAUUAUUAUUUAUGCUUUCAUAAUGAUGACCGCAUGCUUCCCACUCUGCAAAGCUUUUGUUAUCCCUUGGGAGCAAUUCAUGCCCAUAAGUGCUCAUGUUUACAUCUUGAGAUCAUUACCAUAUAUGGAUCCCAGGAAGCCAAAUUUCUGCUUCCUAUUUUCCUGACGACCUCUUCCAUCUAUGUCUUAGGGGACGGCUUGGGGGAAGGUUAUGGCAUGCUUGGCCAGGCAGGGAGUGGAAAGCUCCGUGUGUCAGCUGCUCAGAGCAAGCUGGCCUCUAAAGCCUCCAAAAGGUGUUCAAUCCCGUUUCUUUUUCUUGUGCAACUGGCAUCGAUUAUCUUUCCAUUCUAUUAUAUGUAUAGAUAUUAUUUUAUUUUGUAUAUAGAUAUUAUCAUUUUCUUGACCUCCACGGAUUUUAUUUCUUCAUGAAUGCUCUUUCGUGGAAGCAAAUGGCUCAUCCUCAUACUGGCUGGUCUCAUUAAUUCCUCAGGUUCAAAGAGAAGCUCUAUGGAAGCAGUGGUGCUACGUCAGGGCUGACAUCAAGCCUAGCCUUUACUCCUGUUCAGGUCAGGAUCCCCCCCUCUCUCUCUCUCUCUCUCUUUCUCUCUCUUCCUUUCUCCAUCUCUCUCUAUUUCCUCCCUCUCUUUCUGGGUUCUUGUCCAAGCACGGUCAAGCUCUCUGGUUUUCUUUAUUCACUGCAUUUCUCAUCAGCCUUGACCUAAGUUGGUGGAGAUAUAUAUAUAUAUAUAUAUUUAUGUGGAUUACAUCUAAGUUGAACCCACGAGAGAGACGUUUUGUAUAUUAGAUGAGGAAUCAUACCGCAUUAUAGGAAUCCAUUCAGUGUGCUAUGGUAAUUGAUAAUGCAUUCUCGUCCCGUUGUCAUUAUCAGGGGAUUGAGCUGACGAACCCGCAAGCCCACGGGAGCCAGCUUGGCAGUGGAACUCAGAGCACCUACUUCUCAGAGACGGGGGCUUUUUCGAGAAUAAAGAGGACGUAG